UCAGCUGCUACUCCUUAAAUACCACUGCCUCAUCAAGUAAGCCGCGCCCUACGUGCAACACCACUCAAGGCAGCAGCCAUGCAAGGUGGGGACGCGUCCCGCGCCGUCGGCGACGUCUUCUUCCGUGCGUACGGUCAACUCUCCUUCUCCCCGACGAUCGCCGCCGUCCUGGCAUGGCGGCAGCUCAGGUCCGAGCUCCUCGUGCCGCUGCUUAGAGCAGCGGUGGUGCUGUGCAUGGUCAUUUCGGUGAUCGUGCUCGCGGAGAAGGUGUUCCUGGGGACGGUGAGCUCCGUGAUGAAGGUGCUCCGCCGGCGGCCGGGGAGGAUGUACAAGUGCGACCCCAUUGCACAGGACGAGGAGGCAGGCUCCAAGGCCUUCCCCAUGGUGCUCGUCCAGAUCCCCAUGUACAACGAGAGGGAGGUGUACCAGCUAUCAAUAGGGGCAGCUUGCAGGCUCACAUGGCCGGCAGAUCGAUUAAUAGUGCAGGUCUUGGACGACUCCACCGACUCCAUCGUCAAGGAGUUGGUGAAGGGCGAGUGCGAGAGGUGGACAGAGGAGGGGAUCAACAUCAAGUACGAGACGCGCAAGGACAGGGCCGGGUACAAGGCCGGCAACCUCAAGGAAGGGAUGCGGCACGCCUACGUACGGAGCUGCGAGUUCGUCGCCAUGUUCGACGCCGACUUCCAGCCGGCGCCGGACUUCCUCGUGAGGACCGUCCCGUUCCUCGUCCACAACCCCAGGCUCGCGCUGGUGCAGACUCGCUGGAAGUUCGUGAAUGCUAACGACUGCUUGCUGACGAGAAUGCAAGAGAUGUCCACGGACUACCAUUUCAAGGUGGAGCAGGAGGCAGGCUCCUCGCUCUGCAACUUCUUCGGCUACAACGGAACUGCAGGAGUAUGGAGAACACAAGCAAUCGUCGAGUCUGGUGGUUGGGAGGAUCGAACUACUGCCGAGGACAUGGACCUGGCAUUGAGAGCAGGGCUCCUGGGCUGGGAAUUUGUUUACGUUGGUAGCAUAAAGGUUAAGAGUGAGCUGCCGAGCACUUUGAAGGCGUACCGCUCCCAGCAGCAUCGCUGGUCAUGCGGGCCUGGGCUCCUGUUCAAGAAGAUGUUCUGGGAAAUUCUAGCUGCCAAGAAAGUGUCGAUCUGGAAGAAGUUCUACAUGGUCUACGACUUCUUCAUUGCCCGGCGGAUUGUAUCGACGUUCUUCACAUUCUUCUUUUUCAGCGUGCUGAUUCCUCUUAACAUUCUGUUCCCUGAAGUGCAGAUGCCAGUGUGGGAACUGAUCUACAUCCCCACAGCCAUCACUCUCCUUAAUUCUGUUGGGACUCCAAGGUCUAUCUAUCUGAUUAUACUAUGGGUUUUAUUUGAGAAUGUAAUGGCAUUGCAUCGGUUUAAAGCCAUAUUGAUCGGAUUUUUCGAAGCGGGAAGAGCUAACGAAUGGAUUGUCACACAAAAGCUGGGAAAUUUACAGAAGCUCAAAUCUAUUGUCCGUGUUACAACGAACUAUCGUUUCAAAGACAGGUUCCACUACCUUGAGAUAUUUAUUGGCGUGUUCCUUCUGGUGUCUGCGUGCUAUGACUACUUAUACAGAGAUGAUUACUUUUACAUCUUUGUUCUACCUCAAUCCAUCAUGUAUUUUGCAGUUGGCUUUGAAUUCCUCGGUGUCAGUGUCAGUAGUUAGAUCAAGGCUGUCCAAUUGCAAGGUGCAGUCCAAAAAGGGGUUGGUUGCAUAUGAAGAAGGUUCAUUGGAGGCUCUUGAGGAUUCUGACUGGAAAAAGAACAACAUUGGUGCAAUGAAGUAGUGAUGUUACAUACUUCAAGUUGGAUUAGUAUAUAAGUGAUCGAGAUGAAUUAUAUAGAGAUCAAGAGAAUAAUAUAUCAUAUAUUAAGCAUAAAACCGCUUGGUGUUUUUGUCGCUUAGGCGCUCCUCUUGUACAAUUUUUUUUCUUGUUAUCUUACUUAAUUGAGCUGCAGUGGCCGUGCCUUUUCUCAAAAUAAAAAUGCACC